AUGGACGCUGCUCAGAUCACGCAACUAGUUACGGCAGCAGUCGCGGUCGCCGCCGCGAUGCAAGACCAAGCCGUACUGACCGCUAUCCGCGGACCAGUACAAAAUGCACGACCAGUAGCACCAUUCGCGGUGACUCCAGCAGGAACUGGAAACGACGCCUGGGACUUCACGUCCGGAACUGGACUCAAGAUAUUCAUCGCUGCAACCGCUCCAUUCACGCCUCAGUACGAUGGCACCGAAAUCAAGUUACGUGACUUCCUUCGCAAGAUCUGGCACCGUGCCGAAGCAUUUGGGUGGACCACCAUCCUCAUGAUCACGGAUGAAGAAGGCACUCCUAGGAACAUCACGCAAGAGUAUGGUUGCCUCACAGUCGCAGGAGUCAAGAAUCACUCAAUCGCGUACCUUCGCCAGGACAACAGGGAACAUCAGGCUUCCGCAUGCCUCCGACAACUCAUCAUCGGAUCCAUCACGUCCAAGCUCGCAGAUAAGCUCAUCAACAGAAAGGCCAACUACACCGUCAAUGCGGCAGCCGCGACCCAGCCAGGACAGGCCGCACCACCUCCCAUCAACAAGGAAGAUGGAGCUUGUAUGCUCUACGACAUAAUCAAGAUCGUCUCGGUCGAGACUAAGGCAACAGUGGCUCUCAUCAUGAAGCGACUUGCCAACCUCGAAAUCAUCAUGGAAGAGUGCAAGUCCGACAUUGCAGCGUUCAAUGACAGAGUUGAUGACCUCGUCAAUCAGCUGACGGCACGCAACGUAGCAGUUCCUUCGAUGCUGAACCCACUGUUCGAUGGGUACAGCAACUGUGCCGACAAAACGUUCGCCACUUACAUCGCACGCAAACAAGAGGCCUAUGAAGACGGAACCAUCGACCUGGAAUAUGCCACGUUGAUGUCCACGGCAUUGGAAAAGUACAAAGUGUUGAAGGACAGGAAAGUCUGGCUCAAGAAGACUGAUGAGGAACUCGAGAUCCUCACGCUCAAGGCUGAAAUGAGCAGGCUCAGGACACCCUCCACGAAGGGGGCGCCUAAGAGUGCGACGGACGGCAAGAAGAGUGAGAAGGCGAGCGAUUACACUGAGAAGAACGCUUGGAAACUCGUUCCUCCAAAGCAAGGAGAGACCCAGAACAAGACUGUCAACGGCAAGAAGUACAUCUACUGCCCUUACCAUCACACAACCAAGUGGGUCCUCGAGGUGAACAACAAGGGAAUCAUCCACAAGACUGGAUGUGAAAAGAUGAAGGAAGCCUUGGAAGCCGCCAAGAACAAGCCCAAGGAAGAGGACGCAUCCGCGGCAGCAUUGGCAAAUGCGAUUGAAGAUGUCGGAACCGACACGUUGCUCCCUGUCGUCGAUGAACAACUCUGA